AUGGCGCAACUUACCGGUCUCUGCGUUGUAAUUUAUCUCCUUUCCAUCGCUUCGUCGUCACAGUCGCUGAAUUGUACGAAGGAUGACUAUGUUCAACAAAUUCUGCCUUGCGAUCCUCGAACUUCUACUCGAUCCGUGGUUUAUUACCUGAACUCCUCUACAUGGUAAGCGUUUUACAUGUAGCAGUUGUUUCACUAAAUCUUGACAUGAUGUAAGUAUUACAUGCUCAAAUGAUAUUGGUUUAACAUGCUUUGGGAAGGUUAGUAUUUGGAGAUCGUGCAGCCUUAAAAAAGCUAGCAUGUCGAUGCAGUUUUAACUAUGGCGCUUCGCUGGCCCAACUCUCAAAUGAAGUCGCAAACAUUCCUAAAUUGCUAAGAUGUGCAAUGUACAACUUUUCAAACAAGACCUUCUGUGAUGUGAGCCGAUCAAUACGUCCAGCUUUCAUGUUAAGGCAGUCAGUGUUAGCGUUGUUUUUGCUGUUUAUAAAUUUUUGCUGAUGCGGCUUAAAAUUAAGGUGAUCCCAUGCACUCAAUAUGACUCACCUGCAUGUGCACGCGUGGAUAUCUUUGGAAACAACUUUUCUGAGAUCUACCCCAGACUUUUCCGCACAUUCCUUCCUCAAAACUUACUUGUUUCGAGCAAAAUGAGGCGCCGAAGGCACGUCGCCUUGAGAGGUUUAUAAUUGUCGUCAUAUUCGAAGAGCGUGUACCGUGCGUGGUGUUAGCGACCUUCAAAGUCAGCUGGCCCAUCUAUACUUGUAUUUAACAAUUAUUCGCCGAAGGCGAAGUUAAUAUUGUUGAAUAAUCCCCGAGACGAAGUCGAGGGGAUUAUUCAACAAUAUUAACUGAGCCUGAGGUGAAUAAUUGUUUUAGUAUAUUCACACGAAGUGAUCUCAACAGAAUCAGAAAGGGAACCAUUAAAAAACGAUUAGUUUGAUUGACGGGUGGAUUCAUGCGUGAACACGAAGCCGUAAACAGUGGAUGCGGAAAAGUUAUAUCUUUACAGUAUCUUCAAACAUGGCAAAUCAUAGUUUUAAUCUUUUUGUAUUGAAUUUUGUAAGCUUUAGCAUCAACGGUUUAAAUGAAAACGCCGAAAAUUUAAAUUACUACGCAAUUCUGAGAAGAAAAGUAGAGCUUUAUUUGUUUUUGUCAACUCACCUUGAAUGAGAAAGUUUUCUUUGUCGCUUCUUGCAAAUGUUGUUAACAGCGGCUACGAUCAAGGUGAGCGUUGUUUUAUAUCUCCAAUGUUCUUUGCCUUGUUAACUUGCUGGCACGUACAAUUUUCGAAAAUAUUUGCCUUCCUUGUUUCUCCAUAAAUUAACUUCUACUUAUAGGCAAAACUGGUCUUGCUAGAAAAUCCCGAAAUCACAAAACAGCGACAAAGCGACCUCGUUUUCCUCUGUAGUGGUAAACAUUGCUUCGAGCGUACAAAGAGUCAGCUACAGUAAACCACUUCACGCUGUUUAAACACCAUGAAGUCUUUUCUUGCCUUCGAAGUCAUCAGCACUUGGAUAUCCGUAUAUUUUCAAAAACGCUUUACUAUGAAACUUUGGCAAAACACCCAGUUCACGACAGCCAUUUUGUUCUGCUUUAUAUUCACCGAAUGGGUUCCGAGUCAAUAGCCCAUUAGGCCGAAGGCCUCACGGGCUAUUGACUCAGAGGCCAUAAGGGCGAGAGGAAUAAUAAUUGUUUAGUAAAAUCCAACUAGUUGGUAAAAAAUAUCGAGAAUAAAAAAAAAUUAGCUACUUAAAGAGCGACUUUAAUCCUUUUUUGCCGCCAAAAAGCCGGCGCUUUUCGCUACUACAUGUAGUGGGCUAUAACAUAUAGCCUAGUAGUAGCUCAACCAAUAAGAACGAAGCAUUGAUAAUAGACCACUAGUUGGAUUUUACUAAAACGUCAUAGUCCGAAAUAGCUAACCAAUCAGAUUGCUUGAAUUACCAAGAUCACUGAGUGCGUAUAUACUAAACUUGUAGAUAUUGUGAUGGUCUGCGCCCCGACGUCAUCUAGUGUGUGACGUCACGGAAUAUUUUGUGUUUCCAGGUAACACCGAAGAGUGUGUUGCUUUGGUCGUAUAUCUAUCAAUUUUUUUUUAGCAGCUGUUUUAGGAGUCGGUAAGUGCUUUUUGCAAUGAAUUUCGAACACAAAAGUACUUUUAAGAGCAAAUGGAAGCGAUUCUGGAUAAUUUGCCUUAAGAUAUGAGUGAAAAUCAACGUAAAAAUAUCUUUGAAUUCAUGUUUAAUAGGGCUCGAUCAACUUUAUACAGGUGGCGCUGGCGGAAGUUUUAGGGGAAAGGUUUAAUGAAAUAUUUUCCAAUUCUUGUCACCUCAGUGUGUUCCAUGUGGCCUAGUGGUAAUGAUACACUUGGCGUGCAGAAGGUCCUGAGUUCGAAUCGGGCAGAACCUGUUUUUCUCUUCCCUUCUCUUCUUUCAAGUGUAAAGUAUUAAUGAGUCAAAUGAUGUCAAUGAGUCAUGAGUCAUGAGUCAAUGAGUCAGAACUGAAAAAAUAAAAGUUUCGGUAGAAACAAUAAAAUUAAGCAUUACUUUUACUUAUUUUGUCUACUAUAUUCAUUGCUGCCUGCACAAGGCCUAUUUCUGACAUGAAAUCUCGCCCUAGGCUGUUUGUUAGCAGUUCCCAGGUCCUGCCGCAUAGCAGAAGCGAAAAAUAAGCCAGCCUAAAUUUUGUGAGUGCAUCGGAAGAAAGUGUUUAAUUCCCUUUAAACACAGCGCUUAAAGUAAAUUGAGAUAAACCUAUUAUGGAAUUUCCUAGCGCUCAAAGACUCAAAUCUUGGAACAGUCCUUCUUUGAUAUUCGGUGUGUUGAUGUUCGGGCCCGGUUUGAAGUAGAAAAUCGGUCAUGAGUGCGUUUUAUAUUUGUAUCGGUAUGUUACUCAUUAGCCUGCGAUCAUGCCCUCUCCCUUUGUCUCUAUAAUCUGUUUUUUCCCUCUCGAGCCAAAAAAGCAAAGAAGCAAAAAAAUUAUAACACCUGAUCUCAGGUUAGUUACUCAUUAGCUUGUCAUGCUGGUGUAAAGGUAAGUAUCCAGGACACUAAGCGUCCGUUCCAACAAUCAAUAGCAGAGUGGUUGUUUUCAGUUGAUAAUCUUCUCACGGUUUAGUUCACCACUUUUUCCAAUCAGUUUUACUUGCCUCAAAAGGUGAAUGAUGCUACAAGGCGAACAAACUGAAUUAAAAUUUUUGUAAUUUGCCCGAGGAGGGGUAUGAAACUGCGAGUUGAACAGUUGUCCACAGUCAGUGUUUAUAUUAGAAACAUACACUGUACGAAUAAUUAUUGUUGAGGUAUUACUGUAUAAGUACUGUUGAUUGAUGAAAAUCUUUGGGCAUUCAUUGUUUGCAUUAUGUUUGCGUUUAUUUACAUAAGCUCGCCUCUUUAAAACUCGUGCAUCAACUAAUAUGAACAACCUUGGGGCAGCACUCCACUUCUAGUAUGGAAACUCUAGUAGUAUGGAUUGUCUGAUGGUUUAAAUGGUUCUUAAAGGGUGUAUGGGAAGGGUAUUUUUCGGGGCAUGCACGUAGUAGUAGCGGCAGGGCCUGGAAUACUGCUAACAAACAGCCCAAGUUGAGAUUUCAUAUCAGAAAUAGGCCUUGCAUGUGCAGGCAGCAAUGAAGCAAGUAGACAAAUUAAGUAAAGGUUAUGCUUGAUUUUAUUGUUUCUACCGAAACUUUUAUUUUUUCUGAUCUGACUCAUUGACUCAUUUGACUUAGUUUAGUUAUCGCAGUUUUCUUUUGUUUCUUUAUAUACUGCGUUUAUUUGGCUAUAAGCCAAGCGAUUUUUACACAAAUUAAAUCUAAAGUUCAGUGAUAUUUGAGCCCAAGAGGGGGUCUCGGCUUAUAGCCAAGAGUUUUUUACAAAAAUGUUUUUCAGUGCAUUGAAACUCUACUAAACGGGGAUGUAUUCACUUACAAGCCGAGCAUAUAGCAGUGGCAAAAGAUCGAAUCAAUCGCGGUGUAUGACAUUUGCAGACUGCAGACUGCAGACCGCAGACUGCAGACUGCAGUCUGCAGACUGCAGAUUGCAGAUUGCAGAUUGUAAAUUAAAAGACACCAAAAAUCUUCCUAAUAAAGGUGAAACCAUCAAAAAUAUAACAUCGUGUGAAAGUGAGAAAGUAGCCUGGGAACAAGGUUGAUGUUUUUGCGCAAAGUUACAUUGGCUUUAUUUCCAAGAUGCUGUUGGCUAUUCUUCACCGACGCGACUCUUUAUUGACUCACCCGGCAUAUUACUAAUUGCGUUGAUUCUUUAUUCUUCUUUGAUUAUUGUGAAUUGAUAAUGACAAGUAGCAAUGCCCAUUAAUGCCUGUCUAAAUAGUAGUCUUCCGUAAAAAAAAGUGUUUAGAUUGCGAGCACUUCGUGCUCACUACGGUUACGUCUACAAAAACAACUAGGAUAGAUCACGGACAUUUAACACCUUUUAAAUGACGUAUUUCAUCUUAGCAGUAUUUAAGGAUAUGCCAAAUAAUCUAAACCGAACAGAUCCUACCUGGACUCGACGAAUUACCGGAAGUGCAGUUUGAAUUUCUAAAUAGGCAAAUCGACGAUGGGUUUUUUAACAGGCCAAUCAUUGCUCAUGCUCAAAUCACAGUUGGGGUCCCCGUAGAAUAAGGAUUCCGGCGCUGUUUCACAGACAGACUUAUAUAACCAGAGUUUAGUUUCGUCUGUGGUGCAGGCUAAAUUGCUAGCCUGUUGCUAUGGAUUCAUGAGCGAGUUUGUGACAUCGGCAGACAUUAUCCUGCUCUAAUUCAAUACGAGACGAACACCCAACAACUCCUUCAGGAAUCAGGUCGGUGUAAUUUGCGUGAAAAAACUUCGCUUCUAGGCCUUACAUGUACUUCUCGGAACAAGGUAAUGUUGAUGAUGACGCCACCUUGAUUACGAUAUUUUUGGUUUCAUUCAAUUUAGAGUCUUGCUGCCUCAUGCACAGGGCACCCAACGACAGUUAUUGGCAAAAUUCUAAAUACUACAUAAAAACAUGAUGCUAAGACCAUUUUGAAAACAUUUUUUCAUUUAUUUUUCUUGCUGGGAAAAGAAGAGCUGUUCUGCACUCCCAGGAUGACGUUGAGAAAAUUUUCAGCUCCCAGCCAGGUAUGGGAGAAUAUUCCCAGCCAGUAGACUUUGUGUUAUCAAUUCCCAGCAGAAAUCUGCCUGGAUUGCAUUCACGGGACGUUGCACGAGGACUUUGGCGCUCGCGCUAACAAUAACUGCUCAAACCAGUUCAAACCAGCUUUUCCUGUAACUGCGAUUAGUCGAGGGCAGCGGAGAUCGCCUUGUGGAAGUUGAUGUCUAUAUAUUGUACCAGUUUCUUGUCCAGUCUCCCUGUAUUUCCUUCUGUUCCAGCCAGCUGAACUUGAAAUGUUGGUAAUUCCCAGCCGAAGUCUAUGAAAAUAAAUAUCUUGCCAGCCAGCUGAAUUUCCAAUGCGGAACAGGGCCGGGUUGUUCAAAGCUGGGUUAAGAUAACCUAGGGUUAGUGCGAAAUAUGAAUUCAGAUAUGACAGCUUAAAAAGUAAAUUCAGUUUAAUUCUUUUUGUCAGCAAGUUGAUGAUUGGACGGUAUUAAAAAUAACAGAGUAAAUUAUCCAAGAAAAUGCUUUUGAAAAAAGAAAAAGAAACCCAGGUAAAAUUUAGCCCUGGGUUUAGUGCUAAUCGGCCAUCGAACAACCGGACCCAGAUAUUUUGCGGAACACCUUCGUUGGGUGCGCCUGCAUGCAGUCUGCAGUCUGCAGUCUGCAGUCUGCAGUCUGCAGUCUGCAGUCUGCAGUCUGCGGUCUGCGGUCUGCGGUCUGCGGUCUGCGGUCUGCGGUCUGCGGUCUGCGGUCUGCGGUCUGCAGUCUGCAAAUAGGGAGCUUAAGCAAAGACGUUUUUGAGCGACGCACGUCAACCGGAAGUGAGGCCUUCUCCCUUUUUAUAUGCCUGGACACUACCAAAUUUGUAUUGCUGAGUUUCUUUUCUCCUAUGAAGACGAUUUACCUAAGGGUUUCAACCAAACCACAGCCCAAUGCUGCAAAAAGUCAACUUCCGGUUGACGUCCGUCGCUCAAAAACGCUGAUCAUACACCGCAAAACCGGGUCUCACAACCGAAAUCUCACAUUGGUAAGCCUUUUACAAUGAGGGAAUGAAGGCGUAAAACAAAUGAAAGAUGUCAAGGAAAAUCGAAUGUGUAAACGAAUGUUGUUUGGAACAUGUGCUUCGAAACAUAUGCCUGGUUACUAAGCACAGACGAAAGCAACGCUGAUGUAGUUCGUUUUGAUUGAAAGGUAUGUGAUCAUUUCAAGCAUCAUGCGACGAAGUGAUAGCAGCGAAAACCCAAACAACAAAUAUAAAUAUUGUAUGUUUCCCUAGAGUCAAAAGAGAAGGUCAUUUUUUUUUUCAAAAUUGUUAAGUUUCAAGUGCAGUAGCUAAAAGUAUGGUCUCGGCUUAUAGCUGGGUGUUUUGCAUUUAUCUUUCGUUCUUGGUGAUGCUGAUUCUACAAGUUUAAAUUUCAGCUAGGGUCUCGACUUAUCGCCAAGAUCGGCUUAUGGCCGAAUAAAUACGGUAGCUUAAAUUUUUUUAAAUUUAUAAAUUUUCUUCCCUAUUGCCUUAUUUCCCUUUCAACUUCUUGUCGUUCCUCUGAAGUCCUUCGCGAGGUCCUUUGAUUCACGAAAUUUUAUAUUUCUAGAAGAGUGGUUUCCAGAAUCUUGCAUUUGGCAAGUAUAUUUUGCACAAUGAGCUCCUACCCUGGAAUACCCUGCUAGCAGAGCUGCUCCUCUUACCCACUUGCUUGGCAGUGAUAUAAAUAAGCUAGUACUAGUUACAGUUGAACCUCUCGGUACGGACACCUCUCUAAUAUGGACACCUCUCUAUUACAGACAGUUUCCUAUGUACCGACAAAAUUCUCACACAUUUCCUCUAAAAAAAACUUCUAUACUAUGGACCCUCUCUAAUACGGACAACGGACACAAAAUCUCGGCCCUUGGGAGAAAGUUCAAAUUCUUUAUUAUGGACACUCCGGGACAAGGUGUCGAAAAUUUGUGGUAUAUGUACCAUUUCUUCUUGGCAGUUACACAAACAUUGACACUUUAUCAGUCAGCAAUACCAAUACGAGAACAAUGUUUUAGGCGAAGUAUUUUGUUUUGUUCCAAAAUUCGUAUGUACUGAGCAUGUAGCUUCUGAGAAGUACAAUAACAUUAAUCAAUUAACAAGACACUAGGUUUUGGGCUUGAUUUUACUUACUGAACACUCUAACCUGUCAGUACUUGUGGGGUCUUAAAAGUGACGUAAUCAUAGUGACCUCUCUAAUAUGGACACCUCUCUCAUACGGACACUUUGAUCUGUCCCUUCGGUGUCCGCAUUAGAGAGGUUCAACUGUAUCUCUUAGUGACUGAAUGUAAGCAAAACUGUUAUAAUUCAAGUAGUUUAGGGUGCAAAACGUUACAAAAACAAACAAACAAACAAACAAACAUUACAAAGAAAAAGACAAUGACAUUUGAAUCUCUGCAGUGCAUUUCAGUAAAUUUUUCUUUAACACUAGGGAUUGCUUGAUCGACUUUGUCAGAAUAGAUUGGGUUCAGCAUAAAAACUGACAUUAUUUCCUUAUGCUCAUAUUUUUGAUUCAAGCAAAAUGCUGGUGGUAUUGUUAAAGUUGCAUGGUCACUAAUGGAAUUAGGUUAAUUAGCUGAACAAAACAAACUCUUUGAUAAUUUGCAGUAUUGGUGGUGAGUUUCCUCCUAAACCUCAACAUAACAUACCCUGUGUAUGCACUCCUGGUAAUGGCGUUAAAGGAAACAGCCCCACCAAUCACACAUGCACUCCAUGUGCAAUUGGAGAGUAUGGAUCAGGGGGGGAAAUCAUCAAUAAUUGGAGGGAUUGGACUGGAAAUGGCACAGUACCUCCUGAAGGAUCAGGUCUUAUUACAUAUUGUGACACUUCAAGCAAUUAUUAUUUCAAAAGUUGUGGGGCAUGGAAAGCAAGUGGUAAGCAAGGAUAAUAUUAAUUUUAAAAAUUGAUGCAAUAUGUUAAGAAUGAGGGCAAGUGCUUCUUCAUAGGGUUCCACAAACACCGAGAAACAGAUGAAACCCCAAGGUCAUAGGUUAAUAUGCUUUCAUCUCUCUCGAGCUGUUUGGAACUCAUUAUAAAGUGCAAAGCCCGAGUUUUUGACAUGUCUUAUUAAAUGAAACUAUAAGAAAUUAUUCAGUGACAUGUUUUUUUCUGGUACGUUAUAAUUGCAUUGUUUCCAUAUAAACAUCUCAUUAAAAUGCAAGUGUUUGAUCUCCGGUAAUAAACGUGUUUCAUCUGUUAGGCUGAGCGAUGCCGCACCAUAGUUUUCACACAAGAUAACGUACCACUCAAGUAGAAGUAACAACACUGAUUUUAUUUGUCUUGGUAAAUCAUAUUUAUAAACAUUAUUAUUAAGGCGUUUCUUAAGUGGAGAUCUACGUAGCAAACCAAAAGAACAUUUUUGGCACAUAAUACUCAAGCGAUAAUGAAAGUGGCGGAUUACACCACAGUUUAUACUAAGACUAUUAAACAUAAUGGUGAUGCGAUAAUUGUGAUAUCAGAGCACGUAUUCUAACACAUCUCAGAUGAAAACCUGGUGGUGACGUUUUACAUGAUGUUUCAUUAGGUAUCAAGGUUCAUCCAUUGUACCCAAAUGGACGUCAUCUAUUGGCUUUUGACUGCAAGAAUUAUUCAUGAGUUUGAUAGCCAGCAGUGCAGGCGUUUUCUUUGAGCGCCCGAGAAUUUGCUCGCGAAACUUCCCGAAGAGAGGAGGAGAUGGGGCGACUCAAAGGGAGCGGGGAGGGGGGCGGGAAGAGAGAAGAGAUUUUUUUUCUCCCCUCCCCCUCCCCCUCCCCCCUUCCUUCUUUCGCCCUCGCACCUACCGUAAGGGUUACUAUUUCUACUCUCCCCAAUCUUCCACUAUCAUGAAAUCAAAGAUGGCGGCUACCACAAUAUUUUGAACACGAACAAGGUUUCGCCCAACCAAAAUACGCCUGCACAGCUGCAGGCUAUGAGUUUGAGAGCUUGCUAGUUUCCUGUCUCUAUGGCCCUCCCAAUCUCAAUAAAAAAUAAUAACAAUUAUUGAACGAGGUUGAACAAAAAUAUUGUGAUUUGUCAGUAGUGAGCAGAUCAAUAUUUGCCAAAGCUGAAUGCUAAGUCAAAUGAUAUUGAUCUGUAAGUUCGCAAAGUUUGUUUUUUAAAGAAUAUCUUUGGGAAGCGAAGCAAUCUGCCAUUUUCAUGCAAGAGUGAUUGCAAGAAGGAGAAAAGCUUGGUUUCAUUUGUGCAUGGGCAGAAUAUUAUUUGCAGCCAAAAAAAGAUGGACAACAUUGUGCACUUUAAGCAGACCAUUAUUUGUAGGCAGUUAUUUGCAGGUCACGUGGUGAGGUCUCGGCCAAUGAAAAGGAAGAAAAAUUUGCAAUGAAUGAUAAUUAUUUUUAUUUUCAAUUCAGACCUUUCAUCGACUCUUUAAGUUCUGAUAUCAAUGUGUACCGUAUAUUCUCCUCACUGCUCUGCAAAUGUUUGUUAUUAAGUACUGAGCACUUGUCUAAUGAGAGAAUUUGUUAAAACAUCAAGACAUUUCAUCAUCAGUGAUUGUAUCAGUUGUGACAUUCAUUCUCAUAUUGACCUUUAAUUUAUGUUGGAUCUGGUUGUAAUAUUGUUAAAGGAGAAAAAAAGUUUGAUGGUUGGGUCUAGAGUGUGGCUAGAGCAAGUUUUUCUUAGCCUAGUCAUGGAAAAGCUGAAAAAAAAAGUGAGUAACAGUUAAACAAAAUACAGUUGAAUUGCGCUUUAAGGACACUUCAUUAACACCUAUGUGUUGUAAUAAACCUUUUCUUCUUGAAGGUAAAUAAUCUCUCAGUUGACAGCAUGUUGAUGUUCCCAGCACUGCAGUACACCAGAUAGGAUGAAUUGUAGACGUCAAUUUUAAGACUUUGGCAUCCAAUGAGUCAGUUAUGCUUCUGUUGAUUUAGUCCACAGAAUUUUGGCUUUUUGAAGGAUAGAGAUGUUAACUUUGAUGUUGCCAAGUUAUGUCCUCUUUUAUGUCUUAGGCAUUUUGUGCUAAUAACAGUUGUUGUCUUAUAACUUAACCCUUUAAGUCCCAGUGGUGACCAACAUCAAUUUUCUCCUAACCAUAUCCAUAGAUUGUCAAGAGAUUAGGUUAUGAGAAUUAAUAAAAUGAUCACCUAAGAGAAAAUGCUUUGAUCUUUUAUCAAAUUCUCUCAACUGAUUCUUUAAGGAAAUGUAUAGAGAUCAGUUUGGAGAAUUCGUAUGUGGAUAUUGGGGCUUAACAUAAGCUGCUUAAUACAGACACUUUCUAUGGACCCUUCAGUGUCCAUACUAAUGGGUUUUGACUGUAAAAAUCUCUCAGGGAAGUAUUUACUCUCAGGGAAGUAUAAACACCAAUAAUUAUUAUUACUAUAUGCCUUUAUUAUUUUAUCUUUUAUUAUGCCUUUGUUUGUUUGUUUGUUUGUAAGCAAUUCCAUUUUUUAUUGAUUUACAUAGCUGAUAACUACACACUUGAAUCUGGUGACAAUCGUGGGUCGAGAUGCCUGGUUUCUGUAUUAUUGAUGACCAGGAAGUUUGUCUUGACUAACAACAAUGUUAGUUUUGACUAUCGUGUAGACAGCCGAGACUGCAGACCUGAAUUCUUUGGAUGCGAUGGUCUAGGUUUCUUUAUUGAUGGUCAGCAAGUACUACAAUACCAAGGAAACCAGUUUCACUGGGUUACAAAGACUUAUAAUUUAAAGAAGGUAAGUUUGAAUCAAACUUUGCCUGCUGAUAGCGUUAUGCUUCAUAAAACAGAGUUGUGACAGCUGGGCUCAAAAUAAUUGACAUUGGCCAUUCAUGUUGAUCAGCCCAACAAAUUUUGGCCAGCUUGAUCAUUGUUUGUUUGUGAUUGGUCAAAAUGUAUAGGAAAUACGUAUUUCAAAGUUAAAUAGUCAAGCAAUUAAGGUAAAAAAUAUCCCCUUGUAAGCUCACAAAUUUGAAAAUAGGAAAUCUACAUUGUAAGGGGCAACAUAUAACUCACAGGAGCGUUAAUGAAAAAAAGGAAUAAAUUGUAUUGAAUAUUUUUAGACGAACAAGAAAACAUGCAAUCUUGUUAAUGCCACCCCUCAGUACCACAUGGUGUCCAAAAAACAAAACAUAGCACCCUCAGUACCACAGGAUACCCAAGAACCACUGAAUGCCACCCUCUCAUUUCCACAGAAUGCUCAGGAUUAGCAUUUGUCCUUAGCAUUAGCAUGACUUAGUUUUGGUUUAUGUGUCUAUGAAAAUGUGCUUGUGAAGGAGAUCAAUUAAAAUAUACUGUCUUGUGAAGCAAAUUAGACCUGUCUGAACAGCAAAACCUCAUUUUGACAAACAUCAUCUGUAAGUUUGAUAUUUGUUUAGGUUAAAGCCAAGCUCUUCAAAUGCUAAAAUUCAUACUUGUAUUCUAGGGUUCCCAUACACUGAAGUGGGUUUUUCGUAAGGAGAGGUGUUUUAGUCAUGGAUAUUCCUUCUUAGACAAGGCUUUUCUCCGUUCCAUAACCUUGGUAAGUCACACAUUUUGUAAUGGUAAUUAAUAGAACUAAGUGGAGUUAAAUUUUGGUCUGUUAUAAUCAUCAUCACUAGAGGCAGACACAGAUCCAAACCAACUUUCAUCACUUUUUAGAAAACUGUCAGAUAUAUUUGACAAGAGGAAAUGAAACUCUUGAUAAGAAAAUUUUUAGGAGAUUUAUUCCAGACCUGGUUGUGCUUGCAGUUAGUAACGUUUAAAUUAAAAAAAAAAAACAGUCCAAUCGGUCAUGGUUGAAAUUUAGAAUCCAUGGCAAUAUUGGAGACAGAAAUAAUGGCAACUUUUUGGCUAUUAUAAGAGACUUUGGUGUUGGAUUAAUAUUGGCAAUGUGACUUCUGAUAAUUAACUACGAACAGUCAACUCCCUUUAUUGCGGACACUGUAUGGACCUUGAGUUAGUGUCCUGUCCGUAUUAUCGGUAGGAGAGAGUUGACUGUAAUAAGUAUUGAUUUGCCAAAUUCCACGCACCUCUGUUAAUUUUCACCCAAGUGUGUCAACCAUAUCAAAGGUUCAAAAAUAAAAGUAAGGAUAUUACAUUACGUUUCUCCUUCAUUAAAAAGUAUUUGUUUAAUUUAUGUAAUUAAAAAGACUGUGUAUUCUUUAGGUUGGCACAGAUGAACCAAACGUGAAAUGCAAACCUUGUCCACCAGGUUACUUUAGUAAUCAAGAAGGUGCUUCAGAAUGCACUGCGUGUUCAUAUUUUCAGUUUCAGGCGAAAGAAGGUUUGUGCAUUAUUUAUCACAUAAUAGACCUUUGUCACAAUGAUGUACAGAAAUCCCCCCUCUCAGCUAUUCUUUCAAUUCACAAUCAUCAUGAGAGGUAGAUGAGACUGAUUAAGACUGAUCUAUAAUUCCUUCGAGCUCCAGAGGUCAAUAUUAUUAUUUUUACUGCUAAUUCAUGACAGUUGAUAUACAUUUGUCACUAUGAGUAAUGCAUCAAAGCAAAUGAAAUUUGUCUUAUCUGGUAUAUCUGCUGCAUUGUGAGUUCCUAGACUGAACAUAAUUUCUCCCAAUUUGUGGCAACCUAUCCGAAUUGAAAAAGAGCUGAUUAUUAUGUUAAAAUACCCUUUCUUUUGUUGCAAUAUUAAGAAAACUUGCAUAGCUGUUGGCCAUGUGAGUGAAACGCUCCAUAGUUCCUUCAGUAUAUAUGGUAGGUAAUUGUCAAUCAACCACUUUUACAACUGUCGCUGGUUUUUGUGGCGAGGAUGCUCAAUUAUUUUGCCUUGUUAUUAGAUCUAUUUUUGUUUGUUUGAUUUUUUUUGAAGAAAGAACUUGUAUCUGAUAAGAGCUCAUUUUUUGAAUAUGUGCAUGUUUUCAGGUCAGACGAAAUGCGACCCUUGUCCAACAAACACCUUUGCCAUGAUGGGUGCCUCAAAGUGUAUCCCGUUACCUAACUGCACAAAGGAUGACAUCAUUAGCGCCCCUGGAAACUUGAGUACAUGUUCCUGUAACAACAAUGCUGGUGUGUGUACAACCACAGUACAAGAAAAGUUUGUCACCGUUACCUUAAAAGGUGAGUCAACUUACUGUAAAUCCUCUAUUUAAGCCCCCCCCCCGGGGGGGCCUUAUUUAUUUCAAGCUCAUAUUAGGGGGGCUUUAUAGACACAGGGGCUUAUUUAAUUUAGAAUUGAUGAUGGUACCAGUUGUCCAUAAAGAACUAGAAUACAAAGUGGAUAAGCUUAUGAACAAGAAGUUUUAGGUUAUGCAGCCGAGGAUGAGAAUUUACAGUCGUGAUUGAUUUAUACAGUCUUAGUAAAAAAUAAUUAGGGGAGGGGAUGGGGGCUUAAUAGAGAGGGGGGGCUCAUUAACUUUGCCCCUAAAAAAAGUGGGGGGGGGGGGCUUACUAGAGGGAGGGGAGUUAUUUGAGAGGGGGGGGGGCUUAAUAGAGGAUUUAGGGAAAUACACAAAUUUUUUUUUUUUAAAUUGUUGAUACAGAUGGCAGCCUGAGAAAGCCACCUCUGGUUUUGUGGCAAAGUGAUGUCUGGGAAACGAGUGCACAAAUUCUACACUGAUGAUGCAUCACUACCCAGAUCUGGGUAAUGCUUUUGUUUGGUUGAAGCAAAUUUCCCUUGCGGAACGACCCAUUAGAAGCACUACGGAGAUCUGGAUAGUGAUGUGUCAUCAGUACAUAAUUUCUUGCGCAUGUUUCUUAUACAUCAAUUCAUGGUCAAACCAGUGAUGGCAUUGCAGAAUGUUUGCUGUUUUCUCGGGCUGGAUGUGGCAUGGGUAAUUGUUUAGAGCACUAGACUUGUAAUCCGGAGACCACACUUUCAAGUCCUGGCCAGAUUGCUAGCUGACAUUGAUCUCAACAGUUGCAAGUUCAAAUCCUUUCUGCCCUACUUAUAAUUAGCUAACUGGUUUUCUAAAACAAUAUGAUCUAAGUAACAAUUCUUAGAGAAAUUAAAAAAUGCUUCAUGCUCAGCCUCUUGCUAAUAAAUUAUUUCCUCUAUCAUAGUUUAGAAUAGUUAUGAAGCCUGACAGACUUCUUUGUUUUAUGUUUUCGUUAGCUUUUUUAGAUUUGACCAUGCACAACGUUCAGUAACAUUCCUAUCAUUUUGAACUUACUGACCAACAGAAACAUCGCAUUAAUUUAUUCAGUCACAGUUUGUGAACAAGAAACAAAGGAUUGUACACUGUCAGGGAGCUUCCAACAUAAGCUGCAGCACUGUUGUUUUCAUCUUUGAUGUUUGCUGGCUUUUUUAACCAGUCUCCUCUACUAACUAUGUCUUCAUGUUUUAUUUUUAACCCAUUCGCUCCUGGAGAUUUUGCCGAAAAACGCGUUUUGAAGCUAGUCGACUGGUUUUCUGGUCACUGUCGUGCUAUAAAGAGCUAAAACUUACCACAAACCGGUUUACAGGUCGUACACUUGGCGGCCUUCUGACCCAGAUGCAAAAUAUCAGCUUGCGAAGUUCGGGCAUGCGCAGAAAGCAAAAUUUCGACAGUCUUGACUUUUACUUUUCGCUUUCUCUCCUCCCUUCUUUUUUCGCUUUUCUUGCCUCAUUUUUUUUUCUCUUGCUGGGCAUUUAUUAGGCUUCAUUUUGGUGGGAAGAGUUUUUAUGAAAGCUUUUAGGAUCUUAGGAUUAGGUGAAAGGAAAGGUAGGUGGGUAAUGGAACAAGAUUUUCAUGGAGAUUUUCAGGUCCUUGUCGCGUGGUUUUUUGCUUCUUUCUCCGGUGUCCUUGACUGAAUUGUGCUCAUUCUGGUAUGGUUUGAAAGAUCUCUUCACUCUGCACACGUGUGCGAAGAAAGUUGUCCUUGACCGUUAAAACUGAUGACGUCACAAAGGGUAGAAAGGACCUGGAUCCGCACGGGCGGUUACGGGCGGUUCAGGGGCGAAUGGGUUAAAUGAUUGUUAGCGCGGCAGGAUUAGCUCAGUUGGUAGAGCGCUUGACUGCAGAGCGGGAGGUCGCGGGUUCAAUUCCCGGGGUCGGACCAAUACUUAGGGUCUUAAAAUAACUGAGAAAUGAAGGUACUACCUUUGCUCUGCAAAUGGCCAGACCUUCGCGUGGCUCGGAUGACCACGUAAAAUGGCGGACCUGUCUCCAGUAGGAAACGUUAAUAUAGUGUCCCCAAUUAGCACUUUCUUGCUAUUAAAGUACAUUGACACUCAAAUAAAGUGCAUUUUUCUUUUGUUUUUUGUUUUUGUUUCUGGGGUUAAGGGGGGGGGAGGGGGGGGGGCAAAGUGGGACACUAGAAUACCGAGAAGAGGGCCCUUAAAGCAAAAAAUGGGAACCCAACCAAUAACCAUGCUAUAUUGUGCUGACUGGAUUUUUUAACCUGGUCUUGGAGAAGCUUUGGUUUCUCGACCAUGGAGGAAAAAAUUAAUACUGAUUUCACGGAAACCACAACAUACUGCAUGCCAUUUCCAGAAUACAGGGAAGGGAUGAAUAAUCCUUUAACUAUCCCUAAUUAAUAUUAUAAGCAGUCUGCCAUUAUUUCCUGUAUAAAUGACUGCCAGGAAGAGUGAUGGUGCCAUUACCACAUUUGUCACCUCCAAUGUGAAUUGGGCAGGAUCCUUUUUCUGUUAGCCUGUGAGCAAGCUCUCCGGGGGGCUCUGGUGGUGCAAAAAAGGAGGACACUCCGCCCCCGCCAGAGCACCUCAGAGAGCUUGCUCGCAGGCUAUUUAUCCGUGUGUGGACACAUUGUAUCUUAGACUCUUUAAGUGAAGAAUGAACCUCGCAGUUUUGAGCACAAUUUAUGCAAUUGUGGGAAGCCUGAAAAAAAAAAAAAUCAAGACUUCGAUGGGAUGUGAACCCGUGACCUCGCGAUACCGGUGCGAUGCUCUGACCAACUAAGCUAUGAAGCCGCUGGUGUUUAGCCUGCGAAGCGCAGACGUAUUUCCGGUCAUCGCUUCUCAGAAGCGACGACCGGAAAUACGUCUGCGCUUCGCAGGCCACUGGUGUUGGGAGCAGGUCAAUUAUGUGUUUAUAUGUUCCUGUGGAAGAGAUGAAAGGUGACAGAUGUAUAUGAAAUAAAUACAUGUGAACUGCGGAAAUGAAAUCAAGUGAAGAAUGAUCUUUAUUAAUAAAAGCUGUUGAAUUAUUUGAUAGAUGGAAAAGGACCAAGGAUUCUUUGCAACCGGCAAAAAAAUUCUACGAUAACUCCUUCAUCGAAGACAGUGCAGUGUGGUUGUCAACCUGGAUUUGAGAUUUUUCAAGGCAAGGAUGGACAAAUUCAGUGCAAACCGUGUUCAAAGGGAAAUUUUUCUACUGGUGUGAAAUGUGCUACAUGCAAAGCUGGCCAUGUAGCCUUGCCAGGCAAGCACUAUUUUUUGUGGGAGAGCGACUCAUUACCAGAAGGCUUCUCUGCUUCUUGUUCCGGUGACUGUACUAUUGAGGUUUGUCAGAUACUGAGAAGUUCUUUUAAAACGCUGUCAGUUACUUUGAAGAUGGCGAGAAACACAGCUAGGUGCUCUCUUAAUAGACUACAAGUAGUUCCUUAGGGAUAGACUAGUACAGCAAGUAGAUGUACGAACGCGUGUGAAAAUCCCCACCCUCGAAGAAGGUCCUCCCUCCACGUGUCAUCCUCGCGGCUGGCCAUUUCCCACGCGUUCUCCUAUUUUGCUCGAACUACUAUUCCUCAGGAAAAUGAGGGAGAACUUGACAGUGUUAUAGGUAACUGUUAUAGCUAAAUAUGUCUCCUGAGCGUUCUUAUUGAAAGUUCCAAACAACAAAAAUAAAAGACCCAAUUGCAAUCGUUUAAAUUUUUGGCUUCAGUUUUAUCUAUACAGUCUACCCUCUCUAAUACGGACACCGAAGGGACAGAUUGAAGUGCCCGUAUUAGAGAGGUCACUAUGAUUACGUCACUUUUAAGACCCCACUGACAGGUUAGAGUGUUCAGUAAGUAAAAUCAAGCCCAAAACUCAGUGUCUUGUUAAUUUCUAAAUCUAAAUUGAUUAAUGUUAUUGUACUUCUCAGUUACAUGCUGUACGUACGAAUUUUGGAACAAAACGAAAUACUUCUCCUAAGACGUGUUCUGGUGUUGGUAUCGCUGACUGAUAAAGUGUCAAUGUUUGUGUAACUGCCGACAGGAAAUGGUACAUAUACCGCAAAUUGUCGGCACCUUGUCCCGGAGUGUCCGUAAUAAAGAGGUUAAGUUUGCAUGAAUUUGCUCCCAAGGGCCGAGAUUUUGUGUCCGUUGUCCGUAUUAGAGAUGGUCCGUAUUAUAGAGGGUUUUUUUUAGAGCAAAUGUAUGAGAAUUUUGUCGGUACAUAGGAAACUGUCCGUACACAGGUUCGACCGUAGGUGCUUUCUUUUGUAUUUGCUCUAUUUUUGUUCUGUCUCACUUGAUCUGGUAACAGGCUCAUAAUGGUUAAAUUUGGCUGAAUUCCGCGACACGGCCUCUUUAAAUCACAGGAUAAAGAGAUAUUUUACACAUUCAUCUUGCUUGUUUCGUCUCUUCAUCUCAUAAAGAACGGGACAUGAUACACAUUCAUCCCGCUUGUUUCGUCUCACCAUAGUGUCAUUGCCUAAAGAACGAGACUUAAUUACACAAUUAUUCCGCUUGUUUUGCCUCAUUAUUGCUUACAGAACGUUACGAGAUAUAUUACAUACACUCUUUAUGACAAUUUCGGGCGACUUGAAUAAAAAGUUCGGGCGACAUGACUCUGGUUUCGGGCGAUAUAACUUUGGGCGAGAAGACCGGUUACCGCGGUCUGGGUUCCCCAUGUAAGGUUAUCCAUGGCAGUCUUGGAUUCUGGAUUCCAGAUGCGUUAUCAGUGGAAAAUUGAAUUCUGAAUUCCAUGUCAAUGGAACCUGGAUUCCGAAUUCCAAUCAUCAGCGGGAUUCUGGAUUCCUUGAGCUGGAUUCCGGAUUCCAAAGCCCAGGAUUCUAGAUUUCACAAUCAAAUACUUUCCAGAUAAAUUCCGGAAUCUGGAUUACCUUACGUAGAUUUUCCUAAAAACCAGAAUGAAUAAUCUGAAAUACCUUUUUUCUAGACUGGUUGGAUUCCAGCUGGGGAUCACAUUCGCACAGAACGUGUUGUGGGUAAUGUGCACUCUGAAUUGAGGUCUCCUGAAGUAGAGGUGGAUUCGGAUCUAGCAAAGCUCGUGUUCAGCUGCUCAGUCAUGUGCAAAUUGACCGGAGUUCCAUCUAAACCCGUGCAAGGCGAGACUUUGGCUAAAAUAGAGAACUGCAAUCUCAUAUUUCAAGUGUGGAAGAAUGGUUCUCUGAAGGAACAAGUAAACUGUACUCGUCCUAAAGGGAGCUUUGGUUAUCGACAUGAGAACCGACGAGAUGGUAAUUAUGUCAUGCAUGUUUAUCCACUGGAGAAGGGAAGAUAUCAGUUCAGGUAACAGUAGAGACCUUUUCAGAGGAGUUCACGCUCAUAGUUGCAUCAUGGGUAAUCGGGCAAGAUGGCGGGAAAUUCAAAGAUUUGUAUUGGAAUUCAAAGCCAGCUAGUUCUUCCUCAAUUCAUAUAUUUGAUGUUUUCUCUUUGAAAAGAGUAACUUACGAGUUCAAAGAAACAGUACACUAAAUCUGGAGUGCAAAGAAUACUAUCGAAUUUUCAAAGAGAAAGCAACAAAUGUAUGAAUUCAGGAAGAAUUAGCUGGCUAUGAAUUCCAAUACAAAUCAUUGAAUUUCCCGCCAUCUUGCCCUGAUUACCCAUGAUGCAACUAUGAGCAUGAACUCCGCUAUUUUAAGACGAGGACAUUUCGAGAACGAGAUUUUCUCAAUACUAAGUAGUGCGCACGCGUGAACCAGCGUCAUUUUGGCGGAAAAUCGUGAUAGCCAUCGCCACUCUACUACGAGUUUUGCCGUAGUGGCGGAAACAUGUCAUCAAAUGUUGGAAGUUUGAUCAAUAUUUGCGAUCGGGAGAAUGCUAAUAACUUUUCUGGCGAAAAAAGUAUAAUUUUUGGAUUUUAAUACUACUGAAACCGAAAUGUUUAAGUUUAAUGGCCUUUCUUUUGGUUACAGAUGGACGUUCUACCAGCUAGACGAUACUUUCUCUUCAGCAUUUGAAGCGAAGGUAUCCAACAUAAGCAUCCUUGGUGCAAAAUCUGGCGCGGCUCGCAAAUGUACAGCAUGCCCACCUGGAUAUCGUAGCACACUAGACAACACUGACUGUAAAAUUUGUCCAAAUGGAACUAGCAGUUCAGCAGGUUCUGAUAAAUGCACUCCAUGUCAAGGACAGACUUUUGCCGCACAGGUAUACAGCUUCACGUUUGCUACAAGAGUCAGUGAGGGUUCAGUCACACACACUUUGUCGUUUUGUGGUUAUAGCUUCUAAACAAUGAACACUUCGGUAUGAGUUGUGAGUAAGCCGGUCAGUCAGUCAGUUAAUCAGUUAAUCAGUCAGUCACUUUGUCAGCCAACAGUAAGUGAGUCAUACAUGAUUUUCAUGUAUCAUAUUUAAACGUCGUCAGUGAGUCAGUUAGUCAGUCUGUCAGGAAGGGAGACAGUCAGUUAGUCAUUUAAUUAGCCAACCAAGCAGUCAGUCAGUUUGACAGUCAGUCAGCUAGCCAGUCAGUCGUUCAGGUUAUCAGUCCCUCAGUCAGGCAGUCUAGUAUGAUGGUCAGGUAGUCAGUCAGUCAGCGAGCCAGCCAGCCAGUCAGUCAUUCCUGGCGAUAUGAAUGCUGGACAGUAAUCAAAUGGAAACGUGACCCACCAUAACGCAUCUGUCAUACACCACGUAGUAACCUCAUUUUGAAAUUAUUCUCGGAGAUCGAUUUACAUUGAGUUAUUUCUGGUGUCUUGAUGCCUGAGCUAAAGUGUUUUGUUUGUUUGUUUAGAAUGGUAGUGACAGCUGCCUUCCUUGUGGAAGCAAUACAAAAGUUCUACCAAACAAAGAUGGCUGUGACACAAAUGGAUGUACAUUCAGUCCCGCACCUGGUGUAGAUUAUGACCUCUCUGCGCUUUCCCGUCCCGGCGGAUCAAUGAUUAAAGUAAAUUUACCAGGACUACACCCAUGGGGUCGAAGGUAAAUUCCUUUCCUUCCCCCACCCUGUCACCCAGAGUAUUUAAGGGUUUUAGUUUUCAACAAAUCACUUUCAAACUUGGCAAUUUUAUUAAUUUUAAGGUGCUCUUUUCAGAGGUGUCGACGGAUUUUGCUUAACUUGUCCAUGUCAAAACUUGAAAACUAUUGCUAAUUAUCAUCGUUCUUGUUAUUGCUUUCUUUCUUUAGGUGGUUCAGCUAUGACCAUGUAUAUCCUUACAGUUCAGAAUAUUAUGUCAACCUUUGCACCGUUGAUCAUGACAGUAGCUCGUGCACAUCUCGUGACAGGAUCAGCGGAGUUCCCCUUCCCGUGAUGGCUUGCAGUUCCUCUUGGCACAAUGGCGACGUAAGCAUUGGGUCCGUGAUUGGCUACAAACGAAAACAGGAUAUCCGCUCUGGCUUGAUUGUGGAGUUGCUUCACGGUGACAAAUGUUUCUCUGGAGGUGAGUGCAGCCAACGAGUUGUUAACAAAUUGUGAGAAACAGUAACAGAUUGAAAAUUGAACACAAUAAAGGAGAGAAGUUGUUACGUCAUGUUGCCAUGGCAGCAAAAUUUCUGGAUCUCAAGAAACGGAAAAUUUGAAUUCGCACUGUUUUAAACUUCAUCGCUCUUAGCCAAUUUCAUUCGAUUUGCCAAAUGUUGGCGAAAUUUUUCCGGGUUGAAUCCGAAAGGACAGUUUCUAAGUUAAGAAAAAGAAAAAGAAAAUUGUUGUCUUGUGUUCACGUAUUCCAUCAAGCGGGUGCCGUGAAAUAAGGAUUUUUCAUGUCGCUGUCGUGUAACGACGGCUUAGAAAUGUACCAAAAAAAACGUGAUGUAUGUGCAGAGUUGUUGUUUUGCUAAUAUAAACAUAUUCCUUUUUUGCCGUUCUCGUUGCCGUCGCCGUCGUCCUUGCUUAAGCUCCCUAUUGUUGUGAUCCAGAAAUUUUGCUACCAUGGUAACGUGACAUUUCCCUCUCCUCUCCAUAGCAAAUGCUAACCACAAAUUAAAUUCAUUCGUCCUCCAUUACAAUCCCAUAAUGCAAUUCGAAACAACACGGACUUGGUCUAAGGCUAUGUUCACACGGUAUCGGACGAAUUUUUGACCGGCUGAAAAUUCGUGCGUUUAGUUUUUGGGUUCACACGGAACCACCAUAACCGUUUGAAUAUGUAGACGCCUAGCCGUUCAAGAUUUGAGGACGAGUACGAGAUUUAACUGAAAGUUUUUGCGCGUGGUCUCAAUAAAAGAAACCCCUGAAAGAUUGAUUUUCCCGCCAAAAUGACGCUGGUUCACGGGCGCGCACUACUCAGCAUUGGGAAAAUCUCGUAUUCGUAGUCGUCCUCGUCUCAGAAUCUAAAGCUCCCUAAUGUUUCGUGUGAGCAGAACGAAAAUCUUGAACUGUGCCAUGUGGACCAAGUGUGCGGUCGAAAUUUCGUCUGGUGUCACUGUGCACGUAGCCUCAGUCGCCUCGGUCCCAACACAGGCGGCCCAAACUCACGUUACGAGGAAAGGGUUUAAAGUAAUUUACAUACCAUAGAUGACGCGUGAACGCGCCGCUGUCGCGUUACAGGCGACCGUUGAAAAUAAGAGACUUUGUGUAAAAAAUAUAAUACUGAGCCCUGCGAACGCUAAAUAACGUUAAAUCUAAGUUUUCCUUCAAUGAAAUGAAUAAAAAAGACUUACCUGCGAUGUAUUCCACUGUGUUUUGGUGUCUGCUUGUCAUUUCACUGUUUUGUUUUUGUUUUUUGGGGAGGCUUUAUUGCAUAGCCACUGUUACUCCCUUUCCUCGUAACGUGAGUUUAGGCCGCCUGUGAUUGGACUUGUAAAAGGCGCGAAAGGAGAGUGGACACCUUGACAGGUGCUGUUGUCACGGUGACGAUCGCGACCAGUAAUACCUACGAGGAUGUAACGCGCUCUCUCAAAAAAUAGGAAGCUUAAGCAACGGCGUCGUCGACGGCAACAAAAACGGCGAAAGCAAUAUAUUUAGGUUAGCAAAAGAACAAAUUUGCCUGUGCAUCACGCUUUUUUGCCAUUUCACAUUUCUUUAUCGACAUUGCACAAUUCCAUAUUUCACGUUUUAUUGAACUUGGAUACAGUCCGUUGGAAUUCAAGUUUAAGGUAAGGUUUCCGCUGCCGUCGGUCGCAGUCGUAGUUGCUUAAGCUCCACUAUACCGUGGUUGAAGCUUCCUACCCAUCACCUCACCCGAACGGAACUGAAGGCGGACCUUAAGCGACACGCGUGCCAAAAAAAUAUUUAUCGUAGGACUUGAGCUAUGGUGUGUUUUUUGAUUCUGUCUGAAGGAAAGAGUGGCCGAUUCAAAACAACUAUUGACCUCAGAUGUGACAUCACAGCAGGAGUGGGUCAGCCAGUAAGAAAGAGCAACUUCUCUUUAGUUCAACAGGGCUGUGACGUGCAAUUUGUUUGGAAGUCCUUGUACGCAUGCCCGAAAUGCCGAGAACAAGACAUUACACAGAUUAAGGGAGAAUGCAUAAACGGAACCCGGAACGUCACGGUACUGCGUUCUAUCCCAUGCUGGGCACCUGAUGAAUCCCCCGGCGCUAAUGUCACGACAGAAGAGUGUGUCACUCCAACUAAAUUUGUCACGGUUACAGUCACGGCUACUGUUCUGGCUUUUAGAGAAAAGGUAUCAAGCAAAGUAAACAAGAUUUUUAUUGGCGUGGGAGUAGUGGUGAUUGUACUUUUAUUGGGCGUGGCUUUGUUCUUUGUCUACAAGCAUCGCACGAUCAAGUAUCGGUACUUGAAUUGGAUGUCACGUAAUAAACCCAUGAGUCGCCUUGAACAAGAAGAUGACGAAGAUCACUUUAUCGAGGGUGACGAACUCGCUUACCCCUCAAAUGAUAAAGAUGAGCCAUUCUGA